GCGUGCUAUCUUUAGAACUGACGCGCCAUUGUGAAAUUAGCCAGCAUAGCGUCUUUUACCAGGUAAUCAAGUGCGUACAAGAUCAAGAGAGAAUGGAGUCACCUACGGCAGACAUUAGCAUCGGUAUGGAGGCUCUGAGACUCGGGAUUAUAGAUAAGAGUGAAACUCCAGAGUCACCUGAUGAGAGACUAAUGGCAAAGAUGGUCGAGAAGAAAACAGUCACCGAAAGUCCACCGACCUUCGAAGCACCGAGUGACAGGACCUCGGAUCACUUCAUCCUCUCAUCCCCUCAGUAUGGCCAAUCACAAACUACACAAAUCAACCACCACCCGUAUUUGAGACGAACACAAUGUUUGUGUACACACCAAGAAACGGGCUGUGGUGCUUGUCAGAGGCUUAAAACACACGAGCAAGCAGGGGCAAGAACAUCGGAAGACAUUGCUGAUUCAUUUAAUACUCUUAGAGUUACCACAGAUACAGUACCUCAUAGGACAAUCAGUUGCAGGCAACAAGAGGCUGCUUACAGUAACUAUAGCGGUCGAUACACAUUGGAUGACACUACGGUGGAUGAACUAGCCGGCUACUUGGAGGAGAUGAUGUACCUACCCCAGCCAAUGUCAGAAAUGGCAGAACUCAUGUACACUUGAUAGAUAGUGUAGUCUAAAUUAUGUCUAUGUGUGUGGCUGUGUCAGAUCAUGCUAAUAUUAUUGUUGACCCCCAUCAGA